AUGCCAGUCAAGAAGCGCAAGUCCGAAGGCGCGCCUGCGGCCGAAGAAAGCAAUUCCCCCAAAAGAGCUGCUGUCCCUGAUCCAGCUACUGGAGAGAAAAGGAAGAGAGGCCGUCCUCGCAAGUACCCUGAAGGAAGUGGCCCCAAGCCUUCCCCGGGUCCUAAAAGGGGCCGGGGCCGUCCUCGCAAGGACCCAUCUGCCAAGGAUACUCCCACGAAACCGAGUACCCCCAAGGAGGGCAAGCGGCCGGUCGGAAGGCCUAGAAAGUAUCCCGCUCAGAAUGGGGCAGACACCCCAACAAACAGAUCCACGCAACCAAAGUCAGAAUCAGCAGAUGCCAAGGCUGAAGAUGAGGCGGAGGAUGACGAUUCCGGCCGCUCAUAUUGGUUGAUGAAAGCAGAGCCCGAAUCACGCUUAGAAAAGGGCGUUGAUGUUAAGUUCUCCAUUGAUGACUUGGCCUCGCGUACCAAGCCGGAACCCUGGGAUGGCGUACGGAACCCGUCUGCAAGGAACAACAUGAGAGAAAUGAAGAAGGGCGACUACGCUUUCUUUUACCACUCGAACUGCAAAGUGCCCGGAGUUGCGGGUUAUAUGGAGAUUGUACAAGAACAUACACCAGACGAGUCUGCAUUUGACCCUGCACACCCAUACUACGACGAGAAAUCUUCCCGAGAAGACCCCAAAUGGGACGUGGUCCACGUCGAGUUCCGACGCAAGUUCCAGAACUUCAUCUCGUUGAACGACCUCAAAGCUCACGCGAAGACGGGAGAUCCGCUCGAGGAUCUUCAGGUCCUGAAACAAUCCCGACUCAGUGUCUCCCGCGUUACCAAGAAGGAAUGGGACUUCAUACUAGGGUUAGCCAAGGAAAAGGAGUCGUCGUCCUCAGAAGGAGAGAGCGCAGAAGAAACGAGCGAGUAG